GGGGUUUGGGUCUAUGCUUCUACGGUUCCCAGUACGACAUGCUUGCAUGGUAGCAUAGGUGCAAACCCAUCCUACCACAUCCUUCUGAUGGGUAGGGAGGCGUGGCUUUUGGGGGUAGCGCAAGUCGCUAUGAUCCCCUCAAAGCAAGUUUGGUGGACUAACCUUCUCGAGGUUGCCGACCCUGUUCUUGGUCUAAUACCCUAUGUAUUAGACGUAACUAAAACCGCCAAGCGAACUAUUGCAGGGAUGGAGAGGUCAUGUCCUUGCGAGUUCAUCGUCCAAAAAGGGAGGACGGUGGACAGUAAAUGACCUCCCGCGUGUUUGUGCCGUGCGCGGGGACCCGUACGGGAGGAUGAAGGAAUCCUGGGGGUUGAGUGGAGUAGUGCGCCGGAACAGUUGUGCGCUGCACACAACACACCUCUUUGGUCUGGAUUUCUCCUCACACGGGAGGCCGGGGUUUAGCUAACCACGGUCAACCGGCUGUGGCAUCCCAUAAGCGGGCUGCCGAGCGAGAGUCGGGAUGUGGGGGGGGGGCCGUCGGCGCGGUACGGGACUCGGGGUGAGUUGCGUCAUAGUCUCGUGGCGUGAACAGCUCCGUACUUCCUUGCUGCGUGCGGAUGCGUCUGCCUCCCUACGUGCUGGCUCUAUACCGGAGGAGUAGCUCUGACGUCGCUUGCUGAGCAAGGGACGUCCCCGACGUGAGGGCUCCGUGGCGGGUGGAGAGCUCCAAUGGUGAAUCCAAACCAUAUCACCUCAUGGAUAAAGAGGCAAAAAAACUUAAACAAACAAUCACAAACACCAACAAACCCAGGGUUGCGUCUUUGGACGUGUCGCGGUGCAAGUCACCAGUGGCGCGAUACUCUGAUGCCCCUGUCACACACACCGAUGCACCCUCACGGGCAGCGUCCGGGACCCCAAAGGAGAGGGCAGCGGCUGGGGUUGCACCAAUCCGGGCUGCACUCCGGCCCGUACCCAAUCCGAUGGAAUCCCGUAUACCACCGCACAAGGAUGUGACCACUGCUGCGGCCAGGUUGACUGCGUCGGUCGAGCCAAAGAUAGCAACUCCGGACGAUGAUACAGCACUGUCUGCGUCUGAAGGGGGUGCUUCCGCGGCAAGAACGAUGCGGCAGACCGAGGCUGCGACGGAGGGCACGUCCAGUGCACUAACCACGACCAUGGAUAUGUCGGCCCUGAAGACCGCAAUUCAGGAGCCGACUUUCAAAAUGGUCGUUAGCAACUCUAAAAGGCGACGGCACAGGAGAGCCAUAAGGGCGCCGGAACAGCAGAAGCUGGUCACCGGCGCUCCGAGGCCACCUGUGAAACCUGGAACUGCCCCCGCUGUAACCACAGUUGAGAGAGGCGGGAAAAGGACACCGAAGCCUAAAAGAUCCACUGCUGCGCCCGUGCCUAGCUGCUCUGGGUGCGGCAAGGGACUUAAGAGUUCCAAAACAAACCAAGCCACGAAGGGCCAGAAGCGCGACCGGCCUGAGGAAACCGUAACACCGACUGGGGAAAGUAAAAGGGUCAAACCCAACAAAUCCCAGACAGUGGCAGGGACCUCGGCCAGUUACGCGGAAGCGGCAGCAUCAUACAAAGCUAACGAGCUUUGUGUUGCCGUGAUGACUGAGCCUUUCGUGGAUAUGACACAGGAACAGGCGGAUAACAUCCGCCUACAAAUCGAGGGUAAAAUUCAAGAUGAGCUCCUGGCGGAUCUUGAUGCUACCCUAACUACCGAGCCCAACAACAUCAGGUUCCGGGGUAAGGCCCAUUUCUCGGAUGGUGUCCUCAAAACUUGGUGCGAGGACACUUAUACUCUGGGUUGGCUGACCGGAACUUGUGAUAUCAUCACAAAUCCAGUACCUGACACCAGACUACAGUGGCAAUACGGAGACACUGAGGAAACUGAUCACGAGGCAAAACCGCCACCUCAACAUCAGAUCCUGGACCCUGACACACGAACGAAGAACUCAGGACCCGACAGGCGUGUCCCUCUUCUUUCGUGUGCCAGAGUUUGA